ACAAAGGGUCUGUUGUCACACGGCCGGUGCGCCAGAUCGUUGUCGGGCAACUGUCAGUUUCUCGAGGGUCUCGGCCGCAGGUAGAUAUUUUCGUUGCGUUUUUAAAUGUGAUUCUACGGGGCGAUCUACGUUUAUACGUUUAAGGACACUUGUGAUACGCGGAUUCAGAAUGGCUCAGCGUCCUCAGAACUAUGGGUCUACGGAUCAACGGGUGGAUGUACCUGAAAUAGGAUUUAGUCCUACUGAACUUUAUAGUCUCUGUGAAAAUAUUACCACUAACAUAUAUAUGAUUAACGCAAGUUGGAAAACUUUGGAAAGAGCUUACAAAAACAUUGGAACCAGUAAGGAUAAUCAAGUUUUAAGAGACAAAGUACAUGUAACGCAAACGAGUACCAAUCAGGUGGUCACGCAGAUAAGCAAGGACAUAGCGAGAUUGACGGUGCUGAUGAGACGUGGCGAGAAGCAGCAAAAAUUACAAAUCGAAAAACUCACGACAGACUUUAAAGAUGCGUUGCAGAGAUAUUCCGAUAUGCAGAAGUCAAUUGCUGAGAAGAUGAAGAAACAUAUUUUAGCUAUGACUAAUAUAGAAAAUUCAAUGGACGGGGAGGAUGCUGAAGAGACACACCGCCUACUUCUAACACAGGAACAAGAGAGCAGGUCCACGCAAAGGACACUCGAAUUUCAACACGGGCUACUCUUAGAGAGAGAGGAUAGGAUAAAACGUAUUGAGGGCGAUAUUUUGGAUGUGAAUCAAAUUAUGCGCGAACUCGCAGCACUGGUGCAUCAGCAAGGUGAUACUAUUGAUACAAUUGACAACCAUAUAGAGAAUAUACACGGCAAUGUCGAGCUAGGUGCGCAGGAACUGGAGAAGGGAAGUAAUUACCAAAGUAAAUUUCGUCGGAAAGUUUAUAUCUUGUUGUUACUUGCGAUUAUAGUUGCCAUUGUAUUAACUGUUAUUCUAGUCAUUAAAUUAAGUUAGCGACCCUAGCCUCUACGCGGGUCUCACUGAUGAACGAAAAGGGUUGUCUCAAUCUAUUUCAUAUGUUAUUUGAAAGUAGUUUCUUCAAGGACCAUCUCGUUUUGCCCGUUUCUAUAUAUUGGAGAUGUAACGAGGAGAGUAUAGAGACUUAUUUUAUAUCUGCUUACGAAUGGAAUUGUCUCCUGUGUUUUUGGAGAUGUUAGCCAUUUUGAAAUUUUAUAAAACAGUAUUUAAUAUUUUCAUGUGUAAAAUAUGGAUUUUUAUAGGCUUUUUUAUUAUGUUUUACACUCUAGCUCAAUUAUUACCGAAUAAAAUAUUGGAGCAUCAGUAAAGGCUAAUACUGCCUUUAUCAUUUCUCACACAUGCCUAUCUUAUAAUAUACAAUAGUUACUUCAAAUGAUAUUAAUUUUUCAUAUAUUAUUUGAGUAUGAAGGAUUUUGUGUUCUAAAAACUAAAAAUCGUAUUUAUUUCUCACGAGUAUUGCUUUAAUAUUACGCGUAAAAAAACUUUAAAAAUAUGUCAUGCUUCAAUAGCUUUCAACUACCCAAUGAUGAUACAAAUAUUCGUGUCAAUAACAGAAAUAAUAUUUAUUAAUAUCAGUUUAUAGUUUGAAAACAUACGUGUUGGAACUAUAGUAUAUCAACUUGACUGAUGCGUUUCCUUAGCAAAAUCUAUCUAGAUCAAUGCGUAAAAAUUUAUAUUCUGUAUAAAAAUUUGUAAACAAAUUUAUAGAUAGGCAGAAGAAGACGUAUGUUUCGCAUGUCAAUGAACACAAAGCUGCGCAAAUAAAAUGUUAUCUAUUUAUUGUCGCCACAUGAAGAAAUGGUAUUAAUAAGACAUACAUACAAUUUUAAUCAAACUAAUACAAAAUUUUGCAUACAUGUAUUUUAAUCGUAUUUGUAUUAAAUAUUAUUUUCAUAUAUUGGUCUAAAUUAUCAAUCGGAAUAAAUUAAUAUUAUUACACAUUUGAGUACUAAUCGUAAUCAAUAACUUGCUAUAAUGCAAAUAAAGCCAAAUUAGAUAGAUAAAAAUUUGUGAUCAUUAUAAUUAGCACUAUAAUUGACUCUCAUAAUAAUCAACUAGAAGAGUACUCCUUAUGGAAACUCUUGUAAUAAAAUUGUAUUAAUUGACUUAAUUAAUGCAUAAAAAUUAAAUUAUGCAUUUUCUGAAUAGCAACGUCAAAUUAUUUGUAUACUUUGUUAUACAUUCAAACUCGUAUUUUUAUCCUGUAUAAUAAAUAUAAUUCCAAGUUGAUUGGAAAAUUCCCGUAAAAUAUAGAUAAUGAAGGUGUGCUAAUUUAACUUGCAAAUAAUGAUUUUGUAUUAUU